AUGUGGAGGGCUGCCUUCUUGUUGGGCCCAAGUCACACUGCUCUGCUCUUCGGCACCGGUGGAGACCGACACAGGUUGGAGUCGCACUCUUCUUCUUUCAUGACUGCUGUCUUUGGCCGUAGCUCGACGGCACCCGGGGCCGCGGCCGCCGCGGCGACCAGCAGCGACCAGCGACCUACCCAGGGAUCUCCCGAUUUCAACGAGCGCUUGCCGUUGCUUUCGACCUCGCUUGCCGUUGGUCCCGGGCCGGAUGAGGCCAGUCAAGGGUGUGCUGUGGCGCAAUCUGAAUUAGUUCGGGUGUAA